CCUCCAGCCCCUGCAAAGAGAACUCUGUCAGACGUUACCGGCUCUUCGGUGGCCUUCAGCACCCUCAGCAUGGAUGGAGCAGUAGAGGCCUCAUCGUUUACAAGUGUUGAACGCCCUCCCAAACCUCUACCACGGCGGGCCGACUCAGACCGACAAACUCACCCUUUAAACCAGAACUCCCCUGCUGAUCUGCCAAGUCUCCCUGGUCCUUCAUCCUCUCCUCCUCCUUCUCCGCCUCCUCCUCCUGUGGCCCCUGCGUCCCUGACCCUGAAUGGGGAAAUCGAGUGUCUAAUGUCUCAGGGCUACUCCAUCCAGGACAUCCAGAAGGCCCUGGUGAUCGCCCAGAACAACAUGGAGACAGCCAAGAAUAUCCUGCGGGAGUUUGUCUCCAUCCCCUCUGCAGCACACAUUGCUACAUAACUGCUCUGUGCUUUGUGUUCACUCCGUGCCAUUUACAUUUACCAAGCUCUGUCCUCACAGAAGGGCUCCAAAAGGCUUCAUUUUGAGGAGCAACUCUGGGCUUAUGUCAUUUCAGAAGAAUAACGGCAACAACAUGACUUCUCAUCAUCCAUUGUAGUGGAGGGUGCAGCUCUUCCUUAAAGACUGCUGCAGUAUGUGUUUGAUUUGCUAAAACUUAGAGUAGAAGAUUAAUACCAUUGCCAUGUCUGUGACGGUAACCUUAGCAUGAAGAUUGGAAACAGGCCCAGAUAGCUAGUUUGGCUCUCCAAAGGUAACAAAUGCACCUGCCAUCACCAUUCACUCACUGCUAACUGUAUUUCCAUAAGUUUCCUCAUUUGUCUAAGCUGUAGCAAAACAGUACUUUGUUUUUUCCGUAGUCGUGUGCUACACUGUUUCUUGACUGGGAUAAGAGACUUUCUGGGCCUCUACUGGUCAUCUGGCAGCACCAGAGAAAAGUACUACCAGUUUUUCAGUCUUGAUAUAAUGUUGAUCCAACUGGCUACUGGGUACAGCUUUACAAUAGGGCUGGGCAAUAUGGACACAAAAUCCCAUUUCCAUAUAUUAUGCCUGAAUAGUGAUGUACAAUUCACGUCUUGAAUUUUUUUCUGAUGGGGGUUAAAUUUUCAAUUCUAAGCCAAAGUCAUACGAGAUGCUCAAAAUGACAUGAUAUGUUCCAAACUCCUGUAGGUUUAAGUGGACUAACACUUGAAAUACUGACAAACUCAAAAAACCACUAUAAACAGACAUGUAAACUGUAAUAAAUGUGUUUUUUCACACAACAGGAAAAAAAGCUGCCAAGUAUAUAAAAUUCUGUUUCAUAAUUCUCUGCUCUAAUAUAUUUGUGGCUUGUACUUCAGGAGAUGGGAAUAAUAGUUUGGAGGUUAUUUAAUGUAACAUACUGCUGUGGAGGUAUUUUAGCCAUCUAAAAAAAAAAAAAGCAAAAAAAAAAUUCAAGUUAAGAGUUCACUGCAUUGACAUUGCUUCACAUCAGUGCUAGCUGUCAGACAGCCCUUUACGAUGAAAAUAACACUAAUGCGUGUACUCUUUUUCUUUGACAAAAAGAGUAAUCCUACAACACAGAAUGUAGAAGUUUCUGGUUUGUUUGAACCCAAACUAGCAAGUGACCCCAUGGUGAAUGUGUUACUAACCAGUUAAAACACUGUAUUUGCAUAAAAUAACACAGUCAAAAUAGUGUUGUCAAAGUUAAUGCAUUCAUUUCAAAACUGAAAAGUAAAAGAUAACAAAAUGAACCCAAUUUUGUUUACUCUCUUUGCCAAAUCACCUGUGACCAGUUUUGAGCAGUGUUACUGGCACACUUAUGUGAAGGAGUGUUUUCAAUUACAUUUUAAUAUCAGUUAUUACAAUUCUUAAGACAAAAUUUAAUUAUCCUUAUAACAUCGAUUGUUACAAAUUUGGUUCAGUUUCCAUUAUAGAGUUGGCUGAGAUACCGCGUAAUUUCCCAACACUGGUUCAGACACAUUUGAUAUGUGCCUAGUCAGGACAUUGAAAAUAAUUUGGUGGCAUUAAUGAAACCAUUUCCAUCUGAGACAGAAAAAUCUGUUUUAUUACUUUUUCAUUAAUAUUGACCAUUAUGCCUGUUUGCGUCAUAUCCAAAUUUCUACCAAGUUUGUGUGUCAAAUUAAUGAUCUCCACUUAAAUUGCUUGAAAGCAAAUGCACAAAAAAUUUAAUUUUUAAUAUACUUGUGUAUAGAUUAAGGGGUUAAUCACACAGUAAAUUAUGUUAUUAGUUCAGUAGUAUUUCAGUUGACAGAGCAACAACAAUCAAGGCAGUUGUAGGCAAGUCCUGUGCAAAGUAAAAUUGCUGUUUGUGUGUGAUGCUUUUGAAGAGUACAAAGAACUGUAAUGGUAGGUGCUUGUUAUUUGUAGGUGGCUGAAAUCCCCUUUUCAUUCAUUCACAGCAGUGCUACAUUGUUGGUAACCUCUGGUGUGUAUACUCAUGUCUGUUAUCUGACAGUGCCAUUUUUCACUCACAGUAGGUGAACAUGAGCUGAAAAUUGAGCCUCUGUGUUGGUUCUGUCAAACUGCACAGUUGCAGUUUCACCUCAUGACACUGACAGUUGACUGUUUGCCACACUACUUAAUACACAGUACUCACUUCAGUAGUUGACUUCACUUUUUCACAUACGAGUGUGUCCAUCAGAAUGUAGCAGCUCAUUGUGUGCUGAAUUUCCAUGUUUAUUCUUCUUAAGCCCUGGAGUCAGUGCUGUUUGUAUAAUGUAAAAAUGUUAACGAACUAAUCUCAUAACAUGAAAGGUGUCCAAUUAAUAGGCCAUGAAUUGCUCACUGCACCAAAGAGGAGCUGAUAUGAUGCCAUGUUGUUUAGUUUUUGAAAUCCUAUAAGCUGCACUGACAGCAUUGAGAAGCCAUGGCUGCUCAAUAAAGAGCUGCUAAAAAUCCAAAUAGACUUUCAGACUUUUCUGUCAGUGUAGUUUUUGCCUAUUUUAGCCAUUAUCCAUUUACUAAACUUGCAUACUUCUCACUAAUGCUUCCUUUCACAGUUCCCUAACUACGAAGUAUUUACCUGGUGAAUUAAAACAGGAAAAUAGUGUUGACCAGCCAUAUGGAGUUAAACUGGUUACAACUGCAAUGUACUUUAUUCAGUUUUAAGUAGGUAACUCAUAAUUACACACUUUCUCGGAAAGCAGGUGACUAACUUCUAUGAACGCCUCUGUUAUGGUAUCACUAUAGGUUACAGUUGUCCAAGAUGUAGUUUAUGCAGGCCUUUUUCCCAUUAUUUCAGCUGUAGUGUUUCCCUGCUUAUUUACAUUGCAUCUGGAAAGUUUUCAUAGCUAUACUUUUUAGUUUUUAUUUGACAUUUUUUUGUGUUACAGCCUUAUUCCAAAAUAGAUUAAAUAAAUUAUUUUACUUCAAAAUUCUACACACAAUACUUCAUAAUGAGGCACCAAUUCUGAGAGGUUCUGCAACGAACAGGAGAAACAACCCAAAGUAAGAGUGCUAAGGUUGUAACAUCAUACUCAGGCUGUAUUUACCACCAUGGGUGUAUCGUCAAAACAUUGAGCAAACUCUGUUGGAAUACUUAUGCAUAUGUUAUAAUUUAGUUUUUAUUUUUAAAUAAAUUAGCAAAAGUUUCAAACA